AGUAAUGUCUAGAGUCGGUGUAUUGGCACUAGGACCUGCCGGUGUCGGUAAGUCAACCUUCUGCAACUCGAUCAUCCACCACAUGCAAACCAUCGGCCGGAGAGCUCACAUUGUCAACUUAGAUCCGGCCGCAGACCCUACUGAAUACGAGUUUACCAUUGAUAUUAGAGACUUGAUAUCACUACAAGAUGUGAUGGAAGAGAUGGAUCUUGGACCCAAUGGGGGGCUAGUAUACUGCUUCGAGUAUCUCUUGGAGAACUUGGACUGGUUGGAUGACCAGAUUGGUGAUUAUAAUGAUGAAUACUUGAUUUUUGACUGUCCUGGGCAAAUCGAGUUGUAUACUCACGUUCCGGUGUUGCCUACAAUAGUUCGACACUUGAAGAACCAAUUGAAUUUCAAUCUUUGUGCCACAUACUUGCUUGAGGCACCGUUUAUCAUCGACAACUCCAAGUUCUUCUCGGGUGCGUUGAGUGCUAUGUCCGCCAUGAUACUUUUGGAGCUCCCACACAUCAAUAUCUUAUCCAAGAUCGAUUUGGUAAAAAACGACUUCAACAAGAAGAAGUUGAAACAAUUCUUGAACCCGGAUCCGUUGUUGUUGGCUCAAGAAGACGAAACAUUCAACCCCAAAUUUUCCAAACUUAACAAAUUGAUUGCAAACUUAGUGGAUGAUUUUGGCAUGGUGCAGUUUUUACCCUUGGACUGUUCUAAAGAUAGCACUUCGGUGUCCACAAUUCUCAGUUACAUCGACGAUGUUACUCAGUGGUCGGAAGCUCAAGAACCCAAAGAACCUAAUGACGAAUUUGAAAUUGAUGAUAACGAGGUUGACGUGCAGAAUUAGCCGUUGAAAGCCUUUUUUUUAACAUGCCACUUAAUUGCACGACGCACUUUUUUAACUUUAUAAAAUAACUCACCAGAAAAUAUACAGCUAGUGAC